CUGAGGUAGCCUCUGGCUGGGGACCAUCUCUGCUGUGCCUGCACCUCUUGGCCCGGUUCCCCUGUGCUCUGUGACUCCCGCAUCUCCUGGCAGCUUCUCCAUGGUUUGGAGUUGUCCCUGUGGUUGGGGCCAUCCGAGUGUGUAGGGCUUAGGCCAAGGGGGAGGGGGGAGGUCUCUGACGGACAGCCUGGUUAUAGAUUUGAUGAGGAGGCUGACAUUUCUGAUAGUUUGAGGAGACUUUCCUGAGCUGUCCUGGGCAGUCACUUUGCCCUUUUAUCUUAGGGCAGGACCACUCACCAAACAGCUAGUGGUUGUAAAUUACAUGCUGAGCUCUGUCACUUUCUUGUUGUGAUUUAGAGUUGUGACAUCAUCAGAUGCUCUUCUCUCUAGUUUCUUGUACAUAGAGAAAAUGGGACCCAUAAUACUGUCCUCCCCCAUAUAGUGAACAUGGCAGUCAUGUCUUAUGUGCUCACUUUGUGUCAAGCACAGGCAUGUACCUUGUCAUCUCAUUUUUCCUGACAACUGUAGCAGGUAGAGAUUAUUAACUGAGUUUCACAGAUACAAAAACUGGGCUCAUGAUGCUAACAGGUGGGAUGAGCUGGGACUUCAGUCCAAGUCUCACAGGCUUUAGGGCAUACUCCCCAGGGAGAGAAAAAUCUUGAGCCCUAGCUCCUUGUGAUGUCUUACUUAUGUGGCCAGUAAAGACUUGCCCUGAUCCAACACACCAUCUCUUUUUCUCUAGGGCUGCUGCCAGUCAGCCCUAGACUAAAGGGGGUAACCCAGAGAUUGGUCUUUAGCCACUCCGAACCUCUACACAGGGCUUAAGUGCAGGGUUGUAGGAUCAGCUUCUAAAAGAGCUGAUCCUUCAGUCCAUCAUCCACUCAUUGGGCCUAUGGAGCAAGGUCUCUAAAGUCUGUGAUCCCUGUACCCUUUUGACCCCCUGAGAACAGAGCAAUAGGAGCUGUGGUUAAGGCUGGUCCAGCCCGUCCCUGGAGACUAGAACUAUGCAGUGGAGAACACAGUAGACUCUGAAUUCUGUAAUUUGUUUGAGUGUCUGUUUUCUCAUCUGAAGGGGUAUUUAAGUUUUCUAAGGAAAAGUAAAAUGACCUUGUGAAACCUCCUGGAAUAGCAUCUAGAAAGUGUGUGGUAGGUAGGGAAGGCUUUGCUUUGAGAAGGGACAGCGGUGAUCUGUAAGAGUUCUCUGUGGUGUAAGAUGCUCCAAGGCCCUCUCUUUCCUGGAUCCCACAACAUGGAAAGUGUUAGCAAAGGCAGCGGGAAAGACGCAGGAUGGACACUGGGCUGGGCAUCCCUUAUCCCCAGGGUAUAUACAGGGUGUGGAUCUUGAAGAGGGUAAAGCAGUUUGGUUCUCUUCCCCUGUUGCCCCUGAGGAAUCUGGAUGGGAGUACCUGGCUUGGGCUGGGACAUACCCAGUCUCACCUCUGCAUUGACUCAAUAUGUAUGCCUCUUUCUUCCUCUUACAGCUGUUGCCGCUGACCCUUUUGGCCGCUUCCUUCUUUGCUGCCCCUCCUCACAGGCUCCCCCUGUCCUCCUCCUGGGGCCCAUCAUGAAUGGUGCCCCUUCCCCGGAGGAUGGGACCUUCCCUUCUCCGCCAUCGCUGCCACCCCCCCCUCCCCCAAGUUGGCAAGAGUUCUGUGAGUCCCAUGCAAGGGCUGCUGCCCUGGAUCUUGCUCGUCGUUUUCGCCUCUACCUGGCCUCCCACCCACAAUAUGCAGAGCCUGGAGCAGAAGCUGCCUUUUCUGGCCGUUUUGCUGAGCUCUUCCUGCAGCACUUCGAAGCUGAGGUGGCCCGGGCCUCGGGCUCCCUCUCCCCACCUGUCUUGGCCCCAUUGAGCCCUGGUGUGGAGAUUGCACCACCACAUGACUUGUCCCUUGAAAGCUGUAGGGUGGGUGGGCCCCUGGCUGUGCUGGGCCCAUCUCGAUCUUCUGAGGACCUAGCUGGUCCCCUUCCUUCCUCAGUCUCUUCCUCCUCUACAACAUCCUCAAAGCCGAAGCUCAAGAAACGCUUUUCCCUCCGUUCAGUGGGUCGCUCAGUCAGAGGUUCUGUACGAGGCAUCCUGCAGUGGCGGGGGGCCGUUGGGGCUUCCUCCCCGGCUGGGCCUCUGGAGACCACAUCAGGCCCUCCAGUUCUAGGUGGAAACAGCAACUCCAACUCCUCUGGUGGUGCUGGGACAGUUGGUAGGGGAUUGGCUAGUGAUGGCACAUCCCCUGGGGAGAGAUGGACUCACCGCUUUGAGAGGCUGAGACUGAGUCGUGGAGGGGGAACCUUGAAAGAUGGAGCAGGAAUGGUACAGAGAGAAGAGCUGCUGAGUUUCAUGGGGGCUGAAGAGGCUGCCCCUGACCCAGCAGGAGUGGGCCGUGGAGGAGGGGCGGCUGGGCUGACCUCAGGGGGAGGAGGGCAGCCUCAGUGGCAGAAGUGUCGCCUACUGCUCAGGAGUGAAGGAGAAGGAGGAGGAGGAAGUCGCUUGGAGUUCUUUGUACCACCCAAGGCAUCCCGGCCCCGACUCAGCAUUCCCUGUUCUACCAUCACUGAUGUCCGCACAGCCACAGCCCUGGAGAUGCCUGACCGGGAGAACACGUUUGUGGUUAAGGUAGAAGGCCCUUCAGAGUACAUUCUGGAGACAACUGAUGCACUUCACGUGAAGGCCUGGGUGUCUGACAUCCAGGAGUGCCUAAGCCCAGGACCCUGCCCUGCUAUCAGCCCCCGUCCCAUGACCCUUCCCCUGGCCCCUGGGACCUCCUUCCUCACAAAGGACAACAUAGACAGCCUGGAGUUGCCCUGCCUGAAUCAUUCAGAGAGCCUGCCCAGCCAGGAUCUGCUGCUGGGACCCAGCGAGAGUAACGACCGCCUGUCGCAGGGGCUUCUAUCCCUCACCCCACCAACCAUUGCAAUAAUCUUUCAGCUGUUGAUUCAGAAAAGACAUAGGGACAUUUGGAUUCUAGGACCUCCUCGAAAUAACCAUGGUCCCUCAGCCAGCAAGCAGUGGGCUUAUGGGGGCCUCUCAGACCGGCCGUCAGCAUCCUUCUCCCCUAGUUCUGUCUCCAUUGCUGCUUCCCAUUUUGAUUCAAUGGAACUGCUUCCUCCAGAAUUGCCCCCUCGAAUUCCCAUUGAGGAGGGGCCUCCAGCAGGGACAGUUCAUCCCCUUUCAACCCCCUACCCUCCCCUGGAUACUCCAGAAGCAGCCACAGGGUCAUUCCUGUUCCAGGGGGAGUCAGAGGGAGGUGAGGGGGAUCAGCCCCUCUCAGGAUAUCCUUGGUUCCACGGCAUGCUCUCUCGACUCAAGGCUGCCCAGUUAGUGCUGGAAGGAGGCACUGGCUCCCAUGGUGUCUUCCUGGUACGUCAGAGUGAGACAAGACGUGGUGAAUAUGUCCUCACUUUCAACUUCCAGGGCAAGGCCAAGCACCUGCGUUUGUCACUGAAUGAGGAGGGUCAGUGCCGGGUCCAACAUCUGUGGUUCCAGUCCAUUUUCGAUAUGCUUGAGCACUUCCGGGUGCAUCCCAUCCCUCUGGAGUCUGGAGGCUCCAGUGAUGUUGUCCUUGUCAGCUAUGUGCCCUCCCAGCGGCAGCAGGAACGGAACAUCUUCCGUGACCCAGCCCAGCCCCCUGAACCCCCUCCAUGGACAGAUCCCCCACAUCCUGGGGCAGAAGAGGCGUCGGGGGCGCCAGAAGUGGCGGCCACCACAGCCGCAGCAGCCAAAGAGAGGCAAGAGAAAGAGAAAGCGGGCGGUGGAGGGAUCCAGGAAGAGCUGGUCCCCGUGGCUGAGCUGGUCCCCAUGGUUGAAUUGGAAGAGGCCAUAGCACCAGGCACUGAGGCUCAGGGUGGUGCUGGCACUGGUGGGGACUUGGGGGUGUCCCUAAUGGUGCAGCUUCAGCAGCUACCACUAGGGGGCAAUGGAGAAGAAGGGGGCCACCCCCGAGCCAUUAAUAACCAGUACUCCUUUGUGUGAGAUACCUACCCACCCUCCAUUUUCCUACUCCUAGCCUUAAGUUGUGAGACUGGGCUGGGUAGGGACACCGAGGAAAAUGGGAGCCCCCUCCCCACAUGCUUCCUGACCCUUGUCAGCCAAGGGUGUGUAUGUUGGUACAAGUAGAGGUUCAAGAGCCCUGUUAACUCCCCAGUUACUACACUACAGGUGCCCUUGCCCCAGGCCAAGGACUUGGGCUCCAUUACCUCCCUAAGGGGCUCUUAUGGUCAGUCCCUCCUUGGGGGGCUAUCUCCCCACUAAUUACCCCCCAACCCAAGCAAGGGUGAGGGGGAAGGGCUGUCAGUUAUAUUAAGGUUGUUGUUGUUGUUUUAAACAAAAUGGAAAAGCAUAAAUAAAUAAAGGGUUUAUCUUAGUUCCAUCA